AUGAACGUCGACGGAGAAAAUAGAAUCAUCCUCAAUGUCGGGGGCAUUCGAUUCGAGACUUAUAAGGCGACCCUCAAGAAAAUCCCUGCCACUCGACUGUCACGUCUCACCGAAGCCCUGGCCAACUACGACCCCGUACUUAACGAGUACUUCUUCGACCGACACCCCGGCGUUUUCGCCCAAAUCAUGAACUACUACCGCACUGGGAAGUUGCACUACCCAACAAACGUUUGUGGGCCUCUAUUUGAGGAAGAGCUCGAAUUUUGGGGCCUGGAUUCCAAUCAAGUCGAGCCUUGCUGCUGGAUGACUUACACCAUUCAUAGAGACACUCAGAACACGCUGGCAAUCCUGGACAAAUUGGAGAUAGAUCAAGAGAAACCCUCGGAGGAGGAAAUCGCGCGGAAGUUCGGAUUCGAGGAGGCCUACCACCAGAACGCGCUCAACUGCUGGCAAAGACUCAAGCCCAAGGUCUGGAGCCUUUUUGAUGAGCCUCAUUCCUCCCACUUCGCUCGGGUGAUAUCGAUGUUUUCUGUGUUCUUCAUAUGCGUGUCAAUCCUGUCGUUUUGUCUGAAAACUCAUCCUGACAUGAGGGUUCCAGUCAUCAGGAAUAUCACAGUUCCAGGAGCUGAUAAUAAGACUCAUUGGACAUUGGACAAAGAUCGGACCGAUGCUCACGCGGCUUUUUUCUACAUCGAAGCCGUGUGCAACAGUUGGUUCACGUUCGAAAUAACCAUCAGGUUUUUGGUGACUCCGAAACCCGUCGAGUUUCUCAAGUCACUCAUCAACCUCAUUGACAUAAUCGCGACACUCAGUUUCUACUUGGACUUCCUCUUGCAACACUUUGCCAGGGACGUCGAGAACGCUGACAUCUUGGAGCUUUUCAAGUUAACGAGGCACAGUCCUGGCCUGAAGAUCCUAGUGCACACUUUCAAAGCCAGUGCGAAGGAAUUAACGCUGCUGGUCUUCUUCUUGGUGCUGGGUAUUGUUGUCUUCGCUUCACUCGUCUACUACGCUGAACGGCUUCAGGCGAAUCCGCACAACGAUUUCAAGAGUAUUCCAGAGGGCCUGUGGUGGGCCAUUGUGACAAUGACCACAGUCGGUUACGGCGACAUGGCGCCGAAAACUUAUGUCGAUCAGGAUAUUGAUGGAACAGAUCUGAAUAUUCAUGAAACGGUACCGGGUCAUCCGCCAGUCGGUCAAUUGACGGUCGCAAACCCGCCGGUCGUCAAGCGCCGGUCGGUCCAACCGCCAGCCAGGGCAGUUCUUGGCCUCGCGAAUCCCCAGUCCACCAAACCG